AUGCCUCGCUCCUUCCUGGUCAAGAAGAUCAAAGCGGACGCUUUCCAGCCCAGCCUGGCGCCGCCGCCGCCCACUUACCAUCCACUGGAAACUUCCUAUGAUGAGUUGGCGGGACCUCGGGGGGCCGGCGAGCCCGGGGAGGAGAAUGGUUAUCUCCAAACCUGCCUCACGUCGCCUGGUUACAAGAAUGACAAGAAGAAACCCGGACUCCACUUGGCAUCCUCAGACCCGAUUUAUGUGCCCGUCCACGAGGACUACAGUGACCCCGAGAGCCCACAAUCCAGCCUUUCUGCCCACUACUUCAAUGGCGAAGCAGCGGUCACAGAGAGCUAUUCGAUGGAUGCCUUCUUCAUCACCGACGGGCGGUCGCGGCGGCGCAGCGAGGGCCAGAGGCGGGGCGGCCACCGCCACUCCUGCAACGAGUGCGGCAAGACCUACGCCACCUCGUCCAACCUCAGCCGGCACAAGCAGACACACCGCAGCCUGGACAGCAAGAUGGCAAGGAAGUGCCCUACCUGCAGCAAGGCCUACGUCUCCAUGCCAGCCUUGGCCAUGCACAUCCUGACGCACAACCUCAAACACAAGUGCAACGUGUGUGGCAAGGCCUUCAGCCGGCCAUGGCUUUUGCAAGGACACAUGCGCUCCCAUACGGGCGAGAAGCCCUUCGGCUGCUCCCACUGUGGGAAGGCUUUUGCCGACCGCUCCAACCUGCGGGCCCACAUGCAGACCCACUCGGCCUUCAAGCACUACAAGUGCCAGCAAUGCGAGAAGACCUUUGCCCUCAAGUCGUACCUCAACAAGCACCACGAGUCGGCCUGCUUCAAGGGCUCCGAGCACACCUGCGAAGCCGAAAACUGA